GGAGGCGGCCGCUGCUUGGGCGGACCCCGCUUAAAGGGCGGCGGGGCAGCGUGGGGCGGCUGAGUCGUGGUGCUGGGUCGGGAUUGUUGGGGCUGUUCGCUGCUCAGGUGCAAACAUGGGGUGCUUCACGUUCAUCAAGGUCAUGAUGAUCCUCUUCAACCUGGCCAUAUUUCUCGGUGGUGGGACCCUCCUGGGCAUUGGUAUCUGGGUCUCAGUGGAUGGCAAGUCCUUCAUGGAUCUGUUUGGGACGCUUUCAUCUAGCGUCAUGCAGGUUGUGAACGUGAGCUACUUCCUCAUCGUCAUUGGAGCCAUCUUGGUGGUGAUCGGCUUCCUUGGGUGCUGCGGUGCCCAGAAGGAGAGCAAAUGUCUCCUGAUGAUGUUUUUCUCCGUGGUGCUGAUCAUCUUCAUUGCUGAAAUUGCUGCAGCUGUGGUGGUUCUGGUCUACACAGGUUUUGCAGAGACAUUCCUGACCCAGUUGGUGACUCCUGUCCUGAAGGAGAAGUAUGGGGAGGACGAUGUUGUCACACAGAUCUGGAAUGUCACCAUGAAUGAGUUCCACUGCUGCGGCCUGAAUAACUACACAGACUUUCAGGACUCCCGAUGGUAUUUAGAUCACAACAACACCUUCCCAAUUCCCUGCUGUAUGUCUGUGGAGCCAUGCGAUGCUCAGCUCGCAGCAAAGAAAAAUGUCUCGGGUUGUUUUGAUCAGAUCCUAGACGAAAUCAGGACGAACGCAGACGUGGUGGGUGGCGUGGCUGCUGGCAUUGCUGCCCUGGAGGUUGCAGCCAUGGUGGUCUCUAUGUACCUGUACUGCUACCUGGACAAGAAGUGACCCUGCGAGGCAGCAAGAAGCCAUACCCUCCCCUGCCCUGUAUUGGGGUGCUCCUGAGGGCCCCACCAUUCCCUGGACCUGAUGCUGUCCCAUGCACUGUGAUUUAUAGCUGUGGUUUGAUCUACUGAGCUGGGAUCUGUAGAGUUUAUACAUUUGUAUAUUUUUGUACUGAUAUGACACAAUGCAUCUGUACAUAGAGGGGAAGCACUGGGUCUGAUUUGCUGAGGCCAGCAGGAGGUAGGGCACAGGCUGAGCUCAGGGCUGUGAAAAAGACAUUGGCCUGGCCCUGCCCAACCCCUGUGGGCAGGUGGUUAUGGUGCCAUGCUGGCACCUCCCUGGCCCCAGCCCUGUGUAUAGGGCUGGUGCCUGCCCAAGGGCUGACACCUGAAUGCUGCUGGCCAGAGCUCUGCUCUGUGCUGCCCCUGCCCUGACAUGAAGCAUAGCUCUACUCCUGCACCCUGCUGCCAUUUCAGUGUGGAUUUGUGCUGUAAAGGAAAAGAUGUAAUAAAAAAAAAUCAUCUUGGAUAUAAAUCACUUUCUGCUGUGUUCAAUAAACUCCUGUUCCUGCA